GUCCUCGUCCGCCCCCGAACGUCCCGCGAGCUUGUCGCCCGUUCACCACUGCUACCGACGUCGUAUCAUCGCCGUUCACGUUCACCGAGGGCCGAGACCGUAGUUCAGUAGUCGUCCAAUAUGUUGUGCGCGAGGCGGUUGGUGUGUUACACCCAGUGGCGGGCGUCUGAAGUUCUACGCUGAAAAGAAACUUUGGUCGUAUCCAACGGGAAAAUCUAACGCCGUGACGACAACGCGUGUUGUCGGACGUUACAGCGUCGCUGUCGUCGUAUAGACGGUCGACUGUAUACAUUAUAAUUUUACGAUUAUCUAUUCACGCACGUACACACACGGAUAAAAUGUGUAAGAACGUAACGUAAAAAAAUAACAAUAAUAAUAAUAAUAGUAGUAAUAUAUCGUCCAUGCGUGGGCGUAUAUGUGCCAAAGUCGUCACUUGUUGAAUGCUAUAAUCGCGCAUCAUCAUCAUCGUCGCUACCAUCGUCCCUGUGGCCGUCCCGAUCACAAUUUUCCGCCUUCUUCACUAUGGACGCGAAUACCAGUAUGUAGUUUAACCCCCGUUAAUUACAAUUAUAUUUUAUUUUAUCAUACCAUAUGGCCGGAACAAAACUUUAUGUCAAUAUUGUUUUAACCGGCAUCGCCGCCGUUACUGGUGCACUCGACUGGUCGCAUUACACAUUAUGAUAAUAUGUAGUUAUAUUUCUACGGAAUUCGCUAACAUAUGGGAUCGUUAAUUUUGUAUUUAUUUUUUUCAGGUAAAAAGUUUAAGGAGCAACUCAUCAAAAAUGUGAAAAAAGAGGUACGAAAUUGCACUUUCAAUCGCGAUAGUACACCUAAGCAUUAUAUUACGUGGUUUAGGUAGCUUUUUGAUAAAAUUACAGUUAAUAGGUAAUUAGCAAACUCGGAGCUUUCGAUUUUCAUCGACGUCCGUGGACCACGUAAAAAAUGCAAUUUGUUUGAUUUAAUUUUAAAACGAAAGUUAAAAACAAAAUAAAAUAAAUUAAAAUACCUAGUUAUUUAAAUAUAAAAAUAAUUAUAUUAUAGUACACAGGUAAAUUUUAUUUCUUAAUUAGGUAAGGAGGUAUAUGGGUCGAAUUAAGAUAAACUAAAGGUACGCCAUAAAACACAAAAUUAAAAUGCAAAUAUCAUUUAAACGACAUAUAAUUUUAUUAUUAAUUACAUUAACAUGUUAUAUUAUUAUGAUAGGUACUUCUUAUAAUACCUAAAUUGUAUCUAUAAUAUAUGUAACAUAGCACUUAAACUAUCUGUAAUGCACAUACAAAUUAUGAGGUUACUUUACUAAAGUUGUUUUUUCCCCCGUUUUGACGUUUUUUGUGGUUGUUCAACACUAACCCAGUUUAAAAAUUGUAUAUUUUAGUACGCGUAUUGCGUGUAAUAGUUAUAGGUAGCCAGGUAUGUAUAUUGAUUCAAAUAAAAUCGAUUUGAUGUUUAUACUGGCUUAUAUUUGGUUUUUGUUUGUUAAUUGUUUCUAUGAAAUUUAAAACAAACAACUAUUUAAUUUAAAUGUCGUCAUGUCAAACAAGGCCGGAGUUAAACGAUAAGUAUUUAGUCUUGAGCCUAGUAUAUUUUGAGGCCCCUGCGUGGUGGUCUAUCAUAAACAAUUUACGAGUUGGUUUUUAUGAUCAUUUUGAUCGAUUUUGAGAUAGUUUUGACUCCUUACUUAUGUAUUGAAAAAAUAUCUUAGAUUCAACAGAAUCAUUAAAGAAUAAUUUGGGAGAUUAAAGGUUAUUAUCACUAUCGUUUAAACGAUUCAAAAUUUAUUUUAAAUGUAUACAAUGUGUCAAUAUAUCAUAUUAUUAUAUACUAUAUACUGGCUGUAUCUAUAGUUAACACAUUUUGAAGUAAUUGCAUAGUGAGUUUGUUUCAUGGCAUAGGUUUUGUAACUAAUCUAUGUCUUUAUAAGGUCUGCAUAUACACUGAGCCGAAUAGAUUGUAUUUCCUUAAACUUAUAUCAGACCCAUAAACAAUUCUGUACUUAAAAAUUUAUAACAUUUCUUUAUAUUUUAUCCCCAGAGAUCAGAGUGCAGUGGCCACACUCUAACCUGAGCAGAUUAUUUUAGAUUCGGAGCGUAGCUAUUAGUUUUAGUACGAUGUAUUUUGUAUUUUUUCUGUUUUUGAACAUCUUUUCUAUGAAAAAUUUUUUCUCCGAAAUACCAAAUGUAGCACAAUGUUAAAAAAGUAAGAUAUGUAGGUAAUCUAAUUUAUAACCGUAAGCAACGAUAAAUCAUUGUUGAAUAAAAAUAAUUCUGAUCGAAGUUCGGUUAAAUAUGUUUUGAUAAUUAACUACAAAAUAGAUUACUAUCAUCCAUGUUUUUCGGGCUAAAUGGUCAUUUUUUUAUAUAGAGUAAAAAUUGUAACAUGUCGCGAUGUUUUAUUAAUGUUUGAAUUUUAUACGUUAUAUUAUGCCAUAUAAUUGAAUUUUUGAAAAUCCAAAAAUAUUGUAUCCACAUAAUUCCAAACGAAGACUGAAAAAAAAUGCUGAGUGUGUUUUGAGUAUUACUCAUUACUCACUGAUGAAGUAAAACGUGUAUGGAGUUGGUGGAAUUUUAGGCUUUGCAAAUAAAUAAAAACAUACAAAAUUUAUAAUUUGUAUACAACAUUAUAUUAUUGUCUUAUGAUAAUUUAAAUAAUAAAUGUAUGUUUGUAAUACUAUAUAGAAUCAAGAAAUCGUGUGAAACCAGCAUCAACGGUGAUGUCAGACUUUAUUGUUGAUAUCAUUGGUGCUUCCUGUAUAGCGAUUGUCAUUUCCCUUAAUUAGCUACAUUUAAACAAUUCAAAUGUGGUAAAAUACUAAUCAGACAAAAAUUAAAUUAAAAUUUUUAUUAAGCGUACCGUGGGACAUCAACAAAUAUUGAAAUUUUUCCUCGGAUGGUUCUGAUAACAUUCUUGCUGAUUUUUAUUGUUACGGUACUUUCGACAACGAUUAACAUUUCCCUUAAAGUGCUGGCAGCAUAUGAAAAUUCGUGUUUUUUCGCUGUUGCAGUGUUCACUGCGGUUCGUUGAAUGAUUUUUCGCUACGACCGGUGAUCUUGACGAAAUUGGACUUUGCCCGCGCAGCUAUUUUUCAUUUCUUAUGCGCGCGCAUCUUUAUUUUGAUUCUGAUUUCACCACGCCGAUUGGUUUUAUCGAAUUUUCAGUUAGCGUUCGAGCUCUGUGCGCGCAUCUAUUUUUUAGAGGUUUGAUUGGGAAUGUAUAAGGAUAUUUGAGAGUAUGUGUUGAAGUAAGAAGGGUAGGGGAUUAUUAGGUUGCUGAGGAGGGCAAAAUAGGGUGGUGCCAUUUGUAGAUCAGUACAAAUAUAUCGUCGGGUAAAAAGUUGUUGACAAAAAUACAAAAAAUGAAUCGCAAGUGAUAGCAUUUUCAGACAAAGUGUUAUCAUUGUAAUUCGGAGGAAAAUUUCUGGUAGAAAAGUUGUUCAUUGGUCAAAAAAAGCCAUAAUAUUUUUUUACUAAUACCUAUACAUUUUGUACAUUUUCCAAUUUUUUCCUAUUUAUAGAGAAAACUCUUAAGAAAACCAAAAAAAUGACCUCCUUAAAGUACCUCCCUAGUUUGAUUGCCUCCUAAAAAAAAAAGGUUAUCAUUGAAAAGCGGAACUAAAUAACUGGUAGAAAAGUUGUCCACAGAAAAAAAAAUAAACAUCAUUUUAAAAUCAUAAGCUUCUUCGCUUCACUUAGAAUUUAAAAAUAUUAAUUAUAAGUUUUAAUUUUAUUUUUUACAAUUGAAUUUCGGUAUUUCAGUAUUGUCAAGUUUUUUACAUAAUUAUCAUUGUUAUUUAAACGGGUUAUUAUGAUUUUUCAUUACUUAACAUUACUUUAGUGCAUUUAGUCUUGAAUAAUUUAUUUUUGACUUUAGUUAAGAUUUAAUGCGCUUUAAUUUGCUAAAUAUCCGUUCGUCAGAUGUAGUAGCAAAAAAUGAGCAAAAAAAAAAAAAGUGCCACAGUGAUAUUAUAAAUGGUUUAAAAUCACUUCACACAUAAUUCUUGGUAAUAAUCAAAAUUAUAUAAAAUUAAUUUCUACAAAAUUUAUUUUUAUUUUGGAAAUUAAUAUUUAAUUAAUUAUCACGUCUAUUUUGAGUUACUAUUUUCGUACGAAAUUAUUACUAGAUUUUGUACUAUUUCUAUUAUUAGGAUUAUACAAGUACCUAUAAUUUCUUUCCUUAAGUAAAUGUUUUUACUUUAUUUAUUAAUAAUUGUAUUAAUUAUAAUAAUUGAUUCAAUGUAUACUUAAUACUUAUACGUACUUAUCUAUGGUAUAUGAGUUAAUAACUUUUAAUUGUGCUUAUAAUGUAUAUAUGUAUAUUAUACAGUUAAUUUACUAAAUCAUAGAAUAAUUUAAAGGUAACUUUGAUAUAUUUCGGACUAAAAUUAUCAAAAUAACGUAGUUUUAUAACCCAUACAAAAUAAAAUGAAUAUUUCUAAGUAAAUAAAAGCACAACAUUUUUUUAUAUGGUUCUAUAUAAUAUAAGUUAUUUUUAUAAAAAAUUAAAAUUAAAAGAAUUAAAGAAUACUUUUAAAAAUAUAUACAGACAAUUCCAUCUAAUAAUAUUACACUUUAGGUUAAUCAAUGUCUCGUGUGAUUAUGAUUACUGAUUUUGCUUUUUAUUCAAAUUAUCAUAAAUUUAUACAACGUGCACGGGAUAUCCCGCGAGCUGAAAAUAACUUUCAGUAAACGUUUUAUAAGCGAAAAUAAAUAUAUACAUCGCGAUGAAAUCAAUUUUUAACCACUUCCCCCUCCCCAAAAAAAAAAAAAACAAUAAAGAAAAAAAUUAAAUUUAUUGUAUAACAAAAUAUAAAAAUACAAUACUAUUAAUACUAAUAUAUUAUAUACUAUAUUCCUAAAAAAGUGAUGAAAUUUGAGUGUAACAAUUUUUGGAACGUAGAUUUAAAGUGGAAUUUUCUUAAACCGCACAUCCUUGGUACUCACGCCGAGCAUUUACAAAAUGUUGUCUCACGGUUUCAUUUGGCUGGAGGGAUCUGUAUGAGAUGUUUAAAGAACAAUUUACAUCUACUACCCAGAACAACAUGGUAGAAUUGAUAUUGAAAUUCAAUCUCACUUUUUUAUGUUGUUUUUAGUAAUAUGUAUACAAAAAAAAAUGUAGGCUUCGAUAGUAUGUACUUCGGGGAAAAUUCAACAAAAAUACACUUUAUUGAAUACUUUUUACUAACUAAACCUGCACGUAGGCCAUGAAAGUCUGUGUACGUUUAUGUAAAUUUAAAAUUGUGUAUUUCUAUAGUCUAUUUUUUUCAUUAAAAUCCUUUCUAAUAGAUAAACUUAAUAAAACCUAAAAUUAAAUAAAUAUCGUCUACUUGCAUAAUGUGUUUAUUUCUGAAGACAUGGCAUUCCCGGUUCAGACGGGAGUUUAGGUGAAUCCCCAGACCUUCGACUAUUUUAUUGACUGUAUAUUCUUAUGGGAUAUUUGAACGAAUCAACAUCAUUGAGAGAAGUUUGGUUUAACAUGUUUCAUUUAUAUGCAUAGAUUUUUCAUUGUUGAUUUAAAUUUUCUGAAUUUCUUCUAUCUGUAAGUUUUUAUAAAAUUUUACAAAUUAUAAUUAUAAGUACUGUUAUUUUUGUUAAAAUUUGUUUAUUAUAAUUUUUGUUAAGUUAACUUAAAUUAGAUAAUUAUCGAAAAAUUAAUGAAUAUUAUUUAUAUAACAGGUGAAACAAAUAAUGGAAGAAGCAGUAACUAGAAAAUUUGUACACGAAGAAAGUGGUUCAAUUACAUCUCUUUGUGGUAUAGUAUAAUAUUAUAAUUUUAAUAAAACUAAAAAAAAUAGGGACAAAUGUUAAUAUGUUGUAUUGUAUUAUUGGUAAUUGCUAAUAAUUAGUUUUGAAUUUCAUCGUCCUUGUCAAUUUUGAAUACAAUUUUUAGAUUGUAAAUAACUGCUCAGAAUGUUUUUUAAAAAUACUCUGCAUGUAAAAAAACAAUACAAUUGAUUAAAAAAUGAUUGUAAUAUCAGAAUUUAUUAAAGUCGUAUGUAUAAAGAUAAUAUUUAUAACAAUUACUAUAAAAUAAUAAUAAAUCACUAGUUGAAGAAAUAGUUACAAGUUAAAAUAUUAUUUAUUGGAUUCAUUAUACUGCCACACGAUUAUAUAAGAUUAUAUAUAUUAUAUUUUAUAUAUAUAUUAUAUUAUAUUUUCAAACUAUUUAAGUGCAGAUUUUUUAAAAAACCUUUCUAAAACCGAAAUAAAUAAAAGAAAUUAAAUUUAACUUUUAAACCUAUCAUUGUUUCCAUCUCCCCUCUCGUAAUUGACCUGUGGUAGUUUAACGUUGUUGUAUUGUACAUUUUCAGAACUAUGCGUGCGAUAUAUUCAAUUGUGGGUCAUUUACAAACAAACAUACACUUCGUUUUAUGAUAUAAAUUAUGACGACGAAUAUUUUUUAACUGAUUAUUUACAAUAACAAGAAGCCAUUGUCCAUUUUCCAAUCGAUAUUUAGGUGCUAUCUGUUAAUUUUAAAACACUUUUACAGCAUCAUAAAGUGGGUUCAAGGACAUAAUAUAAAAUCAAUAAUAGUUUCUUUAAUGAAAUUAGAAGCCGAGCGGGACAUAAUAUAUUAUACCAUGACUGUUAUAGGUGGGAAGUUGGGAAUGUAGAAUAAUUUUUGUCUUGAUUUAAAUUUAAAACUGAAAAUAUGAGUGUUUAAUGGAAAUUUUAUCAGUUUAAAAAAUUGUGUAACUAACUUUGUAUUCAAUUUUCGAUGUUUCUUAAUGAAACCAAAAAUAUAUUAUCUACACUAUUGAAAAAACUGAAAAAUUUUGAAAUUUUAAAAAUAAAAUACAUUUUCUCAAAAAUCAAUUUUGCAUGGUUAAUAAUAUUCUUAUUUUCCUUAAUUUUUUUGUUCGAUUUUACAUCCCAUUUAUCAAAAACAAAUAAUGUAUAUGAAUAUAAAAUUAUAUCAGAUAUUGCUCCUGAAUUUAAUCAUGUGUAAUAAAUGUAAAGUAAAUUUUUUAGUUAAUAUCAUAUUCAUUAACAAAAGAACACAUAUCGUUUAUUAAUCCGUUUAGAAUUUAAAGUUAUUUUCAAACUAUACCAUAAAAUUGUAUUUAUAAUUGACCUUAUCAUUUAUAUAAUUGAAUAACUGAAGUUUGUAAACAAAAUUGAAGCUAUUAAUAUUUGUUAUUAAAUAUUGUUCAUACUUUGAUGGACUUUCUUUUAUGUUUUAUACAUUUUAAAAUUUUAUAAUUUUAAAAGAAUAACCUAUAUCCUUUUCUAUGGAUUUUGAUUGAUAUUGAAUUGUAAUUUAUGACUUAUAUUUAUACUUGUACCAUUCGUAUUCUAAAUCUAAGUAUACAUAAAAUAAUAUGUAAUAUAUUUUAUCAAUAAUUAGUUAUUUUUUAGUAUAUUAUGACCCAGUAGCGCACGCAAGAUUUUUUCCGGUUAGGGGUUUUGCUUAUAAUAAUUUCUUAGAAGAGGAUAGCACAUAUUAUCAGUACAGUAUUAUCACUAUUAUUACCGAAAUAGAUGGCAAAAUAAUUUAAUGAAAUUAAAUGUCAUUAUUUUAUUCUGUGGUUUAAGAUAUUAUACUGCUGAAUGUAAGACUUGAUUUAAACAAAUUUAGUGAAGAAAGACAUUUCAGGAGGAGGAUGGAUUCUAGCCCUCUAACGCUCUUCUGUGAGCGUCAUUGUCAUGUCUUUGUGUAUCACGGCAUUGAUAUUAAAAGUAGUGUAGUAUUUAGGAAAUUAUCAUGAGGGGGGAGAGAUUAACAUAACUCUCCAGAAAAAGAUUCUUGGGGAGAAUCAUUCCCACACCUCUCUCAAGUCUCAACUAUAGUCUCAUAUUUUCAAUACAAAAAUUUUAAAUUAUAAAAAAUAAUAGUAACUUUUAUAGGGUCGUAACUGCACGCAUCAUGCAAAAACUAUACCUACCUACUGGAUACCUACCUACUGGGUGUUUCAUGAGAGAGAUACUUAAAUAUUUUUCAUUUUUUAAAGGAGAAUCACACUUAUUUUGUAUUUUCAUCAUUGUAAUACGAAAAUUGAAUAAUUUUUUGAAUUUCUAAGAUUGAAACACUCAAUUAUGAAUUUUAAAUUUGGUUUUCGUGGACAAUAAUGUUCUAACAAGGUGCCUCUAUAUAAUUAUAUAUACUACGUAGAUAUUGUUAUAAAAUACGAGUACACUUUUAUAAAUGAGAAAGUUCCCUUUUUCCUGACCAAGUGAAAGCUCAGAAUCGUUGUUUAAUGUAAUUAUAUUUAUCGUUUCUAUAAACUAUAUUUAUACUCAGUAAGUUUUUUGAGGAAAUAGGUGGAAAUCCAACCGUACCAAUAUAUAUCUUUGUCUACAAGGACAAACAAAGAAUACGUAUUUCUCACAAAAGCGAAAUGUCGAAAAAUUAAAAAUUACCUCUCUUAUGAACUAGGUUACCCGCUUCGUGUUCAAUUAAAUAUGUAUUUCCUAGGUGGUUGCAGAAUAAAACAUUUUUUCGUAUUUUCUCGGUCCAAAAAAUGUGUUCUGAGCAUAAAAAAAACACAAGAUUUUAGUUAUUUUAUUCUGCUCAGAAUCCAAUAUGUAGACUUAUAAAGGCGAAUAUAUAAAGCUUUAGACGCAAGUCCCUCCCACCCUGCAGCCAUUUAUACUCAGUUCUCCUAAUUAUAAGUAAUAUAGCGUAUUGUAUAAUAGAGAAUUCAAAAUAAUAUGAAAUUCCAAAGAUCUUCAUCGUAAAACGACCUUUAACGAAAAAACAAAUAAUUUAUGGUUUUAAUAAUAAAUACAUAAUACUUAUACACAUAUAAUCUAUAUUCUACAAAGCCAUAUAGGUCACAUGUUAUUAAAAUCACAGAUAUUACAUGUUUCUUUAUAGCUGCUGUUGAAUCAUGUCUGUCACAAGGACUGCGACGCAGAGCAUUGGGUUUAUUUAAAACAAGUUCAACAACAGCUUUAUUGCAUAAAAUGGCAAAAAAUUUUGAACCAGCUUUAAUAAUUAGUCAGAAAGUUCAAGAAAUGGAAAAUUCUGAUCCAAAUAGGUAAAUAUAUAAUAUUAUAGUAGAUUUUUUUUAAAAUUAACGAGAUAAUACAUACAAAAUUAAUAUUAAUAGGGUUUGUAUUUAUAAGAAAUAUUAUACCAUUUUUUUGUUCAUAAAUAUUUAGGUACGCAUUAUUUCUUAUUAGGUACAUUAUUAUCAUAUAUAAAUGUAUAUCUUUUUAUUGCUAUAAUAAUAAAACAUAAUUUUAUCACAAAAUACGAAUUAUUCGUAAUUUAAAAUAUUUAAAUAGUUUUCAUUUUUUUUUCCGAUUUUUCUCUUGUCAUUGAUGAAAAUAAUUUUUUCUUCUAGUUAACUAUAUAAAUAUAAAGUAUUAUAAAAAAGACCUUGCAAACAAAUUAAAACAAGUAGCUCUAUAAUUUUACAUUAAUGUUAUUUUGUAAUGUAAAACCACUAUCUUUUUUUGAUUUUCAAAUUACAAACUAUACUAAUAAUCCUACUUAUAGAUGGAAUAUUAGUUUAAAUUUAUUUUGGUAUUGAAAUUAUUGAUAUCCAUCAACCCAUUGAUAGCAUAUUGCAUUUUUAACUUUGGGUAGAGGAGAAUAGUUUCGCACCAUUUGUGUGGCAGCAUGGUGAGCAGCGUUUGAAUAGUGCUCCACAAAUCUCCUCCUACCUAAACCUAAAAGUGGAAUAUUUCAACAACGGGUUGAUAGAAAUCAAAAAUAUCAAUACAAAAAAUUAUUUAAACUAAUACUUGAUAUAUUUUGGGAAUUUUUAAUAUAGGUUACUUUUUGAAAAUAAAUAGUUGGUUUUGAUUUUAUCCCCAAUACUAAGUGUGACAAAAAAUAACAUAAAUGUAAAGUUUUUAAGAUGCUCGUUUCUUAAAAGUUCUAUAAAACAAAUUCGGAAAAAAAAGUUGAUAUUUUUUUAGAUAAUGAGUGUACGAACCAGUCAACUUAAUCGCCUUUUAUACAUCAACCAUUUACUAAAAUCAAUUCAUAAAAUAACUGCUUAUGUUUUAUAAUUUAUAUUGUAGUUCAAUGGUAAAGUUGUCGAAAUAUUUUUGAUACUGAGAAAUGUCGGUUGGAAAUGGUUUCGUUUAAAAUUAUUGUGUUACGAAAAAUAAAUAACAUUAUUACGUAUGUACAAUGUAUCUGAAUUCAUAAAGUUAUAAUCUAUUUAUUAAAUUAAUACACGUAGGUAGUGACAAAAUUCGUCAUAGAAAAUGAUGUAAGAUUAUCGAAAAAGGAAAUCGAAGAAUGUACUAUAGUACUAUAUGAACCAUGUCUAAUAUAGACAUGAAUAGGGAUAGUUACUAGAAGUUUAGAGAAUUGAGUUACGAAAGAGAAGCAUGACGACGGAGGUUGAUCCAGAAAUUCUGCAUGGGGGGGGGGGUCACAACUCACAGAGCAGGAAUAGCGAUAAAGCUAAGUGAUUAUUGAUACCAGCUACUCUUAACUAGUACUAACUAGCAUUAAACCCUGCUUUAGAGGAGACUUGGGGGAGCGCACCUCCUUCGCGCUUCUCUUAGAUCCAUCACGUCUGCAUAUUAAACUGCGGCAAACCAAAUAAAUUAAUGAAACCUUUCAAUACUCCACUCAAAAGUGUGUGUACAAUUAUCAUUAUAAUAUCAUAAGUAUCAUAAUAUCAAACCAUAUGUGACAUAGUUUUGGUUGGAAAACGCAAAUAGACAACAUUUUACAAAUUCCACCAAAAAUCAAUGGCGAUUAAUAGAAAAUUCUGAGAAUUUUGAACAUUUUUAAUGGUCUUAAUAGUUAUUAUUACAAACAUAUAAUACAUUAAUAAAAACGUAUGUACUAAAUAAAUAUGACAUAAAUAUAUGUACCUGGGUUGUAAUUAAGUAAUGAUUUACUUUAUUAUUUUGUAAAUUAAUGCGAUACACCCACACAGUGGUGUAACAGAAUCGUACCAGAUAUAACGGCUGGCGCUAGUCACAUGGUUGAUUAACAAUAAUAUACAAUUAAAUAAUAUAUACAGUACACAAUUACGUGGUCAGAUGGACGGGAGCGUGCGCACUGAUAAAAUGGCAGUGGCAUAUAACCAAUGGCCUAAAUGGGGCAAAAUGCCAUGAGUUUAAAGCUGAUGAGGGCUUUAGCAGUGGCAUAGACCAGAGCCCAAGGCAUUAUUGAACAGGUGAGAGUCUUUUUGAAGACUGGAAUCCGACUGAGCACGGUUGCAAUCAAACAAUAGGAAUCCAAAAAACAACACGAUUGAGCACGAAAAUAGGUGCGACGUUGCCACGUUGUACCGUAGAAUAUUAUUAUUAAAAAAUAAUUUUAAUUUAAUGAAUUUCCGUAAUGAUAUGUUGUCCAUUUGAUUGCAGUACGAUAUUUUUCUCUUGUUCAGAAUAAAUUGUUGCUGUACAAACAUUUUUUGUACAUCACCAUUUCAACAAUUCACCUUUUUUUCUCAACCCAAUAAAUUUGUACUUGAAAGCUCCAACAUUUGCCAACUCUUUGCCUCUCGGAUAAAAUAAUUUGUAUUUUAUUAUUUUCUAUCAUAAAAAUCGUAAAAUUUACAAAAUACACACUAUUUGUGAAGGAACAAGAGCACGAGACAACAGAACAGACUGACUGUGACCAAGUCUUAUUUACAGCGUAAGUACAUACAAUUACAUUUAAUCACAUUUUAGUACAAACGUUGAAGAUAAAAUGCUGGUUUCUUACCUAUCCUAGUUAUUUUCAACUUCCGUGGGUACUUUUCGAUUGAUAGCAAAAUCUUUUUCAAUUAAUAUGUUAGUUGCCUAUUAGUAAUUUACACAUCAUACGCACUAGUGAAAAUCUGAAAAUGUUGUACACAGUAUUUAUUUUUUUAUCGUGCUCAAUCGGGUCGUCAAAAAGGUCAGCCGAUAACGACCUUGCUCAAUCGAGUAUCACCGCUUUUUGAAUCGCCUUUUUUUUCUGCUAAUUGAUUCGGCCUUUAGGACCUUAACACAUUAUUUUGCCACGGAUAUUAGAAAUUCUAGUUACGCCAUUGAGUAUAACGCUAGCCAUAACACGUUCUAGUGAUGUUAAAAAAUGUGAAAAAUAUUUAUGACACUAUGAAUAUGCUAUUGUGACAAAAAAAAAAAACAAUAAUUGCUACUAUAAAUGCUACUUUUUUAUUUUUCACGUACCUAUGGCAUACCUAUCCCAGUCAAUAUCACAAUAAUCCAUAAAGUGCUACUCUAUUUAGUUGUGAUAUUGGAUAUUUAUCUAGUGUAAAUGUGAAAUAAUCAUUAUCUAUGAAUAAUUUUUAUUCGUAUUAAAAUUAUUAAUUUUAGUAGAUUAUUAUUUAUAAGUUGUUGAGUUUUGAGGAACCACAAUCUCAAAGACUCCAGUAACGAGUUGCCACUGUCAAAAACUCAAAAAAGUAAAAAAAGAAUUCCAAGUCAAAAGAGUUUUAAAUGUAUAAUAUAAUAUUUUAAAAUAAGAUACAUGAUUAAAAUUAACCUAUUAACUUAUUACCAAAGUAUAUAAAAUAUUUUGUACACUUAUUGGAAUAUAUUGGAAUUAUACUCAAUCUUCGAUACCUGUUGCCAUUUACAAACAAUAAUAUAGUAUUAAAUGAUGUUAAUUGAAAAAUUAUUUGUAAACAUUCACAACUUCAAAUGAUUUAAACAUAAUUAUUUAUAAUUUUUUUGUCAUAACAUUUUUAAUAAAUAUACAUAUAUUCAUUUAAAAUAGAUUUUAAAUUUAGAUUUUACAUUAAUUAUUUAAGGUCUAGUUCAAUCAAGUUUAAUCAAGUUUAAAUUGUCGAGUUUAAAAAAUAGGUAAGGUAACUUUUUAUAUAGUUCAAUUCAGUUUUAUUAUAAUUUAAUAUAAUUAAUAUCAUAGCCGUAACUACCAUUUUUCUGCUCUUAUUGAAAGUUAUACAUUUUUAAAUUCUUCACACUUAAGUUAUAAUUCAUUUUUAUAAAAAGGCAGUAUUUUUCAGACCGAUAAUUCUAAAAAGAGAUUCAAUAAUCUCACCAAGUUUCUGUCCAUGCAUGUUAAAUCGAAGAGGUUCAUUAACCUGAAUGAUAUUUAACCAUGAAAAGUAAGCUUCGAAUUAUUAUACAUUGAAUUCAAAAUUUUCAUUUUCUUCAUAAUUAAUAAAUUAUAACUGAUUUACACUGAAAUAUACAUUUUUUCAUUCGAUAAAUUAUUGUUACAUAGUAUUUAUAUUUCUUAUUUUUUGUUUUAUUUAUUUUAAUCGAUUAUCAUCAAUAUUUCUCGUGGCUCUGUCCUAUCCAUUUAUUUAUUAUUUGUAGUGAAGGCCUGGUCAACAGUAGUGUACGUAGGAUUUUUUUCAGGAUUGGCGUUGUGCUUAGAAUAAUAAAUGAAAAAUAAAAAAUUUUAAGAAGGUGAUUGUUCUAAUCCCUCUACCCCUCCCUUCAUUGUGCUACUGCCAAUCAUAAAUUGUUAUGGGCUCGAAGGUUGCCCUGUACCCGAUCAAUCCAUUGCUAUUAUCGUGAUAAUUUCGGUUCCUAGCACUGAUUCUUGAUCAAGAAUUAAAAAAAAAAAAAAAUCUAAAACAGCUACAGACUUAAUAGUAUUAAGCCUAUAAUAAAUGUGGCCUUAGAUAAUAGUUUCAUACAUCAUCCACUAGAGUGAGUUAAAAUCACGAGAUUUGUUACCCUAUGCAUUUCUAAACAGGCUUUGAUCAUGAGAUGACCAGACCUUAUCUUCCUAAGACUAGUUUACCGUACUAAAUCAGUGAUAAGGCAAACACUUGGGAAACGAAAGAUUCGGUUUCAACUCCUGGUCCGGUCACCUGAAUUUUAGCGCCAUUUUCCGAUUUCUAACGACUAACAUGUACGUUACCAGUAGCCACUGGUAAUCUAUAGUUGACAUACCAGCUAUUGAGUUAACUACUGCUAUUUUGACAAACAGCUAUAAUCACAAUGUUUUUGUAGGGUGCAUAAAAAGUCGAAAACAUAUUUAAUCAGAUUUUUGUUUGCAGAAUUAUAUUUUGUAGAAAAUAUUAUUCUGGAGUAGUAUUUUGUUUGGAAAUAAAAGAUCAUCAGUACUUUGUGGUUAUAGCUUAUCAUACGUCGUCGGGUAAAACUUGUUUGUCUUUAAAAUACAUCCCGACUAAAUACAGUUCCGCCCUCUUAAAUUAUUAUGAUAUAUAUUGUUAUAAUAUUAUAAUAAAAUUACAAAAAGCAUUUUAGAGUAUACUAUAUAUAUUAUUUAGUCUUAAUUUAGUAUUAAAAAAUUGCAUAUAUCCCCAAAAAAACAAACCUAUAUAUGCCUCUAUUAAAAUGAAUCUAUAUUUAAUAAAGUAUUUAAAAAAAAAAUUGAUAAUUGAUUGUCUUAAAAUGAUUUUAAUUAUAUUAUAAUUUUUAUCAUUAAGUAAAUAAUAAUUUUAAAUUAAAAUAUUUACAAAAUGAAAGCAUAAAUAAAGAGGAAUUAAUUUGUUAACGAUUAUCCUCCUGAGAAAAAUAAUCUGAUCUAUGAAAAUUUAGUUAAUUUUGACCAUAUAGUUUUUAUAAAAUUGGUCAAUAUUUUUCAGAUCAGUAGUAGUUUCUCCUCUUAGAAGAAGGAGUUCUUUAGUCCCAAGUCCAACACAAAUUUGUACAUGCAGGAGGCGUUCGUUGACUUGGUUACUAUUUGGCAAUGAUAAGUAAGCUUAAUAAUAAUUUGAAAUUUCUUAACAAAAACUGUACAUUUUUAAUAUUUUUAAACAUACAAAUCAUACAAUUAACAAAUUUUUGAAUAUAAAAAUGAUUUACUAUAAGAUAUCUUUAGUUAAUGUAUCCAUGACCAACUGACAUAGUCUCAUAGUGAAAUACAUAGGUCUAUUUAAUUAAUUAAUUUAUUAUGUCUAUUAUUAAAUUUUAUCAAAAUUGAAAUAAGUUAACAAAAACACGUAUUUGUGUUUAAACUAACCAUCGUGCAUAUUCGUCGUGUAUUUUUAAAAUGUAGAUAUAUUGUUUGUAUCUUUGAUCCAAAGAUCAGGGGAUAAUUACAAUUCUUAGAUAGGUAUUAAUAUUUAUUAAAUAAUAUAGGUAUAUUAUUAUAUAAUCUAACUAAAUCUAUGAUAAUAUAUUUUUUUAUUUUUUUACUUUUACAUUUUAUAAUAUUAACUCUAAUGUUUACCAAAAUUAUCAUUAUUAAAUAAUAGUUAUUGUUAUUUGUUACACUGCGUACGUGGCGCCGAAAAAUACCACCAAUGACUAGUUAUUGCACCGAAUGUAAUACGCUGCAGUCACACUCUGCAUUGCUGGGUGCCGAGCCUAAGUGAGCGAGCGAAGCGAUCUGUUUUUUUUUCAGUUUUAUUAUGGGCCGGUCAAAACUAUUGCCCCCCUUCUCUCAAAAGAUGAAAUGACGCCACUGACUACAGUUUAAAGCAAUCAUUGACUGCUAAGCCCUUAAAGCCCCCCUUCUAUUUGCGCCUAUGCUAUUUUAUAUACGAUUUGUGUACCUUAUGGAUUAUAUCAUAACUCUCUGUUAUAUUGAAAGCUCGAAAAAUGAUUUGAAAUUAUUUUUAUUAUCAUUUUUGGUUGAUUACAAAAUCUAAGAUAGGGGCUAUACCACUGCUGUUAUAUCGCACAAUAUGACGUGUUUGCGUACGUUUUGGGAAAUUUUAGAAAUCUCAGUGUGAUAUAAUAAUAUCUCUGAUAUCAACGAAUAAUAAUAAACUUAAUUCAACAUAAACAUAAUAUGUAUGUAUGUAUGUAUGUAAAUUGUGCACCUAUACUACUUAUAGUAAAUCCUAAUUUAUGAUUUUAUGAAUCUACUAAGUCAAAAUAUCCAUAUACAAAAUAACCAAAUUAAAAUUAAAAUAUUGAAGGACAAAAUAUCCAAAUUUAAAAUGAUAAAACGUUUUUAGAAAUUUUUAGAAAUUAGGUGGUGUACCUAGUCUACUUAUUUACGUUAUUAAAUUUUUGUUUCAUUUUCAUAUAUAUUUUAUUAUAUUAUAUUAUAUUAUCUGACUAUAACGACUAAUGUUUGUGAAGCAUAUUUUGUGGUAUAAUGGCUAUUUAAGUAAUUUAUUUUACUAUUAAUAAUACAGCGUAGUUAUCUAGAUUGAAUGAGUUUUACUAAAAAAUAAAGUGUUAUCUACUAACUUACGCAAUUAUCGAAUUAUUUAACAUUUUAACCUAAAUUGUAUUUUAUAUUUUUCGAGUGCCUUUUCGACGUUUCAAAAUAUUUAUUUAUUUAUAAAAACGUUUUUCUACGUUUUUAAAUUUGAAUAUUUUGAUCGAUCAUCGAUUUUGCAUAUUAACCAUUGCUAACGGAAAACGAUUAUGAGGGGAGUUUAGUUAAUAGUGUUGCUUUAUUAACAAUAUACAUUAUGGGAAAAUUCUUGUUCGUAUGAAGGGACGUUAGGGUAGGUGACCAAAAUAUUAGAAGUUCUUAGGAAACACCCGAAAGAAUCUCGGGUGAAUCCAUCAACAUUAACUGAUUAUUAAUUAGUACCACGGGAAAGGGGGAGAUCGCAUUGAUCUCAGAUACAAGACCGGCAAUAAAGCAAAAAUCUACUUACGCAGACCACGUAGAACGGUAGAAUACGCUUAAUUUUGGUUUUAGAGUAAAAUAACUUAGUGUAAAAUUUAAAGAAGGCAAGGCGAUGUUUUUUUUAUUAUAAUUAUUAUUAUUAUUCCGAAUAAAAUGUUAUAAAAAGUUAGUUCAUCGUAUAGACAUUUUGACUAAUUCAUCGUUUUUAAAUUACCUAUUGUAAUAUUUCAAAAAAUAAUUUAAGAACAAACAAUGUUUCAAACUCCGGAUUAAUAGUCCUCUUUUAAUUUUAUAAUAGGCUUAUACUCUUAAACCAAAAUUAAGCGAGUUCUACACAGUCUACGUAAGGUAGAUUUUACUAUAUUGCCUAUUAGUUGAACGGUACAUUUUUCAAUAAUAUAAUUGUUUACCAAAUUGUUUACCUAAGAUUUACCAAAUUUCGUUUGUAAAAGUCUGAACAAAUAAUUUUUAGAGUUCAACCAAAUAAUUUUGUAUAUUAUAGGUUUCACCUGUAGGUAUUCUUAUCUUUACUUAUAAUAUUGUAUUGUAUAGUAUGUAGGUACGUUAUUUAUUACAUACCAUUGUUAUGUACGUGGUUAUUUAUAAAAAAAUUAUCUUCAUUUUUUUUAAUUUAUCAUAAUAUUAUUAAGUUAAAUUAUUGCAAACAAUUAAUUGUUGAGUUAGUAUAAUAUAAUUUUACUGUGUCAAAAAUAAAUUAACAUUUAAUAUUAUUAGGAGUUAAUGCAAAUAUACAUUUAUUACUGAUAAAAAUGUACAUUUGAGUUAGAAUAAUAUACUUUUAACUCAUAAAGCUUACUCAUUUUCUAAAUAAAAUAUUACCUAUUAUAAUAUAUAGGUACGUAGGUAUGUAACAAUUUUUAUCUAUUUGUAUAAUAAUGUAGUGGUGACAGCUGUGCAACCAGAGCAGCAUCUGUAAACAGUACACUGUCUAAUAGUAUAACACUACCAAAUGUUCAUCCGCCACCUUUGACCAAGAAAAAUUCAGCAGGUAGUGGUUUGGGCUCUACAUCUAUUACUCUUCCCAAGUAUUUAUGGAUUCGUCUAGCAUUAUUUGAAAAACUUUUAGCGGUUAUCAUCGAUCAUUUAGUUCAAAAUUGCAGGUAAUAACAAAUAUACAUCAAGUUGACUGUAAACAUACCAUUCAUCUUCAAUGAUAAAAAUUAAAAGUGCUAAAAUUAAUUAUUAUUUUUUUUUUAGUAAAUAUUAUGAAAAAGAUUCUUUGGUGGCAGAUCCAGAUUAUGGAAGCAUUUUAAGUUCACUUCUUGGUAAUUUUAAAUGUCUAUUUUUGUGUUAGAUUAUUUAAACUUAAAUAAACAAUUUUUAUUUUUUUUCAGUUGGUCCUUGUGCUUUAGAUUAUUCACGUACAAAAUCUCAUGAUCAAUUUUGGACAGAUCCACCAGCUGAUGAGUUAGUUCAGAGACACCGUAUAUCAAGUGGUUAUCAUACAUCUCCACCCUGUCGUACUCCUAUAAAUGUAUGCUUUAUUCUAAUACAGUGGUCACCACUUAUUGGACUCAUUUUGAGACCUGACCAUUUGAGUCCAUUAACUGAAUGAGUCAAUUAGGCGAAUGACCUAAAAUACAUUUAAAAAAUGCUUAAAAUUAAAAACUUAUUUACUUAAAAAAUAUGUAUUGAGAUUCAAGGUAUGUAUAAUAGUAUAAUAAUCUAACUACGCUAUUAAAAAUGAAAUAAAAUAUGUAAUAUGUAGGUAUGUAAAAUCUAAUUAAUUUUUUGAUAAAAAUCCAUCUAGGAUUGAUUGAAAUUUUCCUUCUUCGGCCAUCUUUAUAAUCAUAUCUCCGUAGGAUUUAUGUUGCUCGAAUACGUCAAAAUCACCUCUUUGCUGAAUCCCUCUAUGUAGAAUUUGAAGAGCUUCUAGCAUUUGUUUAGUUGAUGGUGGUUUCUCAUCAGGUUCCUCUUCGUCACUAUCACCAGCCACAUUCUUUUUUGGCCGUUUUGACGGAAGCUCGUCAUGCCUUUUAAGAACAUCUAAUUUUUUUUCCACACUCAAAUCAUAUCGUUUUUUCAUUGUAUACGAACGAAAAAUACACAUGAAAAAUAAAAAUUUGUACAGAGAAUGUAAAUACAGACAACAUAAUAAACACAACGACGUCGUCUAUUCAUACACUACCUAUCGUACAAUACAAUACCUAUCUAUUGACAUUGACGACUGCUUGGUUUAUCGUGAAAAGGUAAUUUAUUUUAUCUCUUCGGUAAAAACAAAAUACUAGUACCGACUUACAUCGUAUUUAUAGCACAUUUGUUCAAAAUAUGUACAUAUUUUAUUUAUUUAUCUAAUUUUCCAAUGACCCUAUUAACCGGUGUGUGAGUCGAAUAGACUAAUUUUUUGAUGUGCUUUAUUAUGUGUGCAAAUCGUAACCACCUGUUUUGAGUCUAAUAGGCUAAUGAAUCAAUUAACCGUGAGUCCAAUAAGCGGCUGAUAACUGGUUUUAUAUAUGUAUAUAUAUAUAUAUUUAAAAUAAUAUAUUCCCCAAUAAAGUAUUAAAAUAAAAAAUUGUAGUUUAUGCCCAAUUUUUUAUAAAUUUAUUCAUAUAAAUAAUUACAUAAUUAAAUUACCCUAUUUCAGUAUCGUAGAAAUUUGAAUACUACAAAUAAUGAUGAUAACCAAAGACAAACUCCUAUAUCCGCUAAAGACUAUGUGGAAUCAUUGCAUCAAAAUAAUAGAGUUACUUUAUUAUAUGGAAAAAACAAUGUUUUAGUUAUACCGGUAUUUAUAAUAUAUUAUUAAUACUAAUGUUUCUAUUUAUUAGUAGUUGUACAAUUAAUUUGCAUUUUUUGAACUUUUCUACGUUUUCAGAAGGAUGUUAUUGAACCCAUGGCUGGUUACUUGUCAUUACAUCAAACUGCUAGUUCAUUAAUUAUAAAAUGGACUCCAAAUCAACUAAUGAACUGUAAUUCUCCUGGAGCUAAUCAAAAUGAUAAUCCUGAAAUUGAUAUAAGCAAUAAAAGGUUAGUGUAGUGUUAGUAGAAGUUUUUUGUAUAAAUAUUGCAAUAAAAACCAAAAUCAGUUAAAACUAGUGUUUUUCUAGGAUGUUCAUAUUACUGCAAUGUAAAUAAUAUAUAAAAAAAUGUUAUAAAUUAAUGUAAAAUACAAUUAUUAAAUAUUUAAUAACACAAAAUAGUAUAUAUGAUUUUGUGUAGAUAACCUACCUAAUAAUUAAUAAUGAUAUAAAUAUACUAUUUUAGUAUUGAUUGUUAUAAAAAAAAGCAAGUACUAAUAACAAAUUAACUAUACAUUUAUGUUAAUAAAAUAAUUAUUAAAAUUAUUUGAUAGAAAAUUGAAUGAUGAAAUAUGAAUAAAUUAUUUUAAUUUUCAAUGAGUUCUUUGUUUAAACUAUUUCGGGUUUUCAUCUUGUGGUUAAUAUGUUUAAAUAUAUAUAACCCUCAAACCAUUUUAACACAUUUGUCAAAACUAUAUUCGUAUACUAAUUUAAAAUUGUGUAAGCUAUGAUUUCAUUAUAUUUAUAUUUUUAAUUUUUUGUUUAAUAAUUAGUAUUGUUAUUAAGCUUAAAUAAUGUAGUUCAUUAUAAUACAUUCAAUGGUAUAUUUUUUUUAAAACAAAUUUCCAUUUAAAAAAAAAUAGAUUAUUAUAUUUUGAUAUUUUGUAAACUGAAUAAUCAAAACUAUGAAACAAAUGAACAUUAACUGUACUAAACUUUAUUUAUAAUGCUGUAGUUAUUAACAAUAUUGUAUAUUUCCAUGUUACAGCCAGUAUUGGGAUUAUGCAAUGAAUGUUAAUGUAGAUGAAAUAGUGUAUGUCCAUUGCCAUCAACAAGGUAUUUGUUUUAAUAACAAAAGUAAAAUAUACUAUAUUUGUGAUUUAGGAUAAUAAUGUUAUCUAUUUUUAAUGUAAAAGUAUGUAGGUUACUAAUCUAUUUUAUACUGUGUAAUAGUAUUAAUCCUAAAAUUAAUUUUUUAACUUGGGUUUUGUCAUUCCAUUUACAAUAACAGAUUAUAAAUUAAUUUUUUUACCUUUUAAUUAAAUAAAAUUGUGUACAACUAGAGGCAGUUAUAUGCAUUACGUAACCUUAUACACAAUUUCAUUUCGGUCCAUAAGCAUAGUCUGUACUUUAUGAUGAACUUCAAAUAUUUGAUGAGUUUUAAUUAGGUAUUUUAAGCAUUAUUUUUCAUGAUUGAUCGAAAUGCUUAUUAGUUAGGUUUUCAUGAACUCAUAAUAAUAAUUUAAUCUAAAUCAUACAAGUACUAAUUUGAUAAAUUUUACUAUUUUUUUGUCUUAUAAAAUGAAUCUAUGAGAUAUCAAUUAAAUGUUUUUGAAUAAAAAAUGAUUAAAAGUGUAUUAUAUUUAUAGGAAAUGACAAUGGUGGAACUAUAGUUUUAGUUGCACAGGAUGGUGUACAGCAACCACCAAUACAUUUCCCUCAAGGUGGCCAUUUGCUAGCAUUUCUUACUUGUUUAGAAAACGGUUUAUUACCACAUGGUCAAUUGGAUCCUCCACUUUGGCCACAGAGGGGAAAAGGUAGUUUUUAUUUAGUAUUUUUUCUUUCUUAUGAUCGAUGUAUACAAUUACUAUAGAUCCUAGGCUGGACUCUUCUAGAGGGUCUGUAAUUUGUAUGUAAGUUAAAAGUUAAAGAAAGAUUUCAUUUUGAUUUUUGCACUUGAUAUGGUUAAUACAAACUGGAACUAUUAAAAAUUAUUUUAAAUUAAAUUAAUCAAGAUAAGUUAGGAUGAAAACCUGGUUUUAUAACAUACUUGUAAAAUAUUUCUGUUUAGGAAAAGUGUUUCCUAAAUUACGAAGAAAAGGACGACCUCAAAUACAAGAUAUUUCAAAUGAUUUAUCUAGUAAUACAGAAGAAUCUCGAGAUUAUGUAUUUCAAAUAAUUAGUAAAGCUAGACAUGAAGAAUUUAGUAAGUUUUAAUUUAUACCAUGGGAUUAAAUGUGUAUAGGUACUGCAAUCUAUAGAGAUAUGUUUUCUUAAUUUAGUAAUUAUAAAUGUAUUUACUUCAUUAUAUAAUUGUCAAACGCUUGUUAUACCACUCUUCAAUAUAUAAUAUGUAUGGUAUAAUAGAUAAAUAAUUGUUUUUAUUAGUAUCUAGAGGAGAAGAAAUUUUGGAUGCAAAAAUUUGGUCUGUGCCUUUGGCUGCAAAUAAUAUGCUUAACAGAGUAAGAGGUCACUUGGAAUCAUCGUCAACUAAUUCAUCAUCAUCUACAUCUAGCAGUAUAGAUCCUGUAGCCUCUCCACUAUUAAUUGCUAAUCAACAUAUUAAUAAAGAUACAGGGUAAUAAUUAUAUUGUUGAAAAAUAAAUAAUAGUAAUAAACAAUUUUUCAAAUUCUGAGCAAAGAUAGGAAUAUAUCUUUAGUUUUACUAUGUUUUUUUUUGUGUGUAAACAACUUUUUUACCAGAAAUCUAGCUCAAAUUAAAAACUUUCUUUUAGCAUUUAUGAUUUAUUUAGUGCAUUGAUGACGUCAUUUUUCGAUUUUCUUAAUAGGUUUCUUAAUAAAUUAGAAAAACUACAUUUUUGUAGAUUUAUGUGUUAGCUUAACCCGGAUAAAAAUAAAGAUUAAUAUUUAAUACUCUGCUUGUUUUUCGUUAGCAAUGGUUGUUUUUCAUUACUUCUUAUAUAAAUUAAAUCCUUUUUAUUUUAUACAUUGUAUAGGUAUUUUGUUACCAUAUUUUAUAUACUGUAUAAUAUUAAAUUAUUACUAUUAUGUUAAACCCCAUUAAUUUUAUUACAACCAAUAACAUAACUAUGUCUGAUAAGUAUACUAUGGUCACUAUAAGCACUCUGAUAAACAGACAUUCCACUUUGUAUAAUUUUUUUUCCUCUUUCCCAACUUUCUUUCUUAAAUAGUUUGACACUUAUCAGCAGUAUCAGACAUUUUUAAAUUCAAAGCUCUCAGGAAUUGAAUAUUGGUUUUACCAUGAUGUGUGAGAUUUAUUUUUUCAUUUAUUGUCAGCGAAUAACUUUUCUAAAAUUGUAAAUCUUAUUAGGAGGUCUAGAAAUGUUGCUUGAAAUUUUAGUGUAGCAUGUUUUCUGAAAAAAAUGUUUGUGUUAGUGCAUUUAGGGUAGUUCUUUGAUUUUUAUUUUAUUUUUCUCAAUUAGAAAUUAUGUAGAAAAACCAGGAAAGUUGAAGGAAAUAAUUUUUUAUUAUUUUUGAUUUUGCCUUUUUUGUUCAUGUAUUUUGUUUGAAAAUAUUCAGAAUUUUAUAAUUUCCACUGAAUACCUACUUGUCCUAUUCUAGAUGGAGUCUACUUUUCAAGAACUGUUUGCCAUUUUUGAGCUUUAUAUAGGUAUUUGUCAUUUUCGCAGGAUUUUAGUUUUAUUUAGUUUUAUGGGAAUACAAUUGUUUUAAGACAGUAGAAAUGUAUGUACUAUAAAUUUGAGCUUUAUGUAUCACAUUUUUCAUAACCUUUUUUAAGUUCAAUUUAAAUGAAAAUUACAACAUAUCAAAACAUAGUUAAUCGAACUUUGCUCAAAAUUGUAUUUUAUUAGAUAGAUAUUUAUUUUUAUUUUUAUAUACAUAUACAAUUAUACAUUUUUCCAGUGAUUCUUUACAAAUUCUAUGUGAAACAAUGAAAAAGCAAAUUAUAUCAAGAGCAUUUUAUGGAUGGCUUGCAUAUUGUCGUCAUUUAACAACUGUUCGAACUCAUUUAUCUGGUCUUGUAAAUACUUCAAUAGUAGAUUCCAGUGAUGCAGAAGUAGGAUUAACUAAAGAAAAAUGGUAUUUAUUGAAAAAUGGUUCUGACUGUGUCAGCGAUGACUCGAAAUUUGACAUUUUUAGACUCACUUAUUUUGGCGGUGUUCAACAUGAAAUACGAAAAGAAGUAAGUAACAUUUAUACGUUUGUACUAAAUUAAUUAGGUUAACUAUUAUAUUAUAUAAUUCAAUGUUUUUAGGUUUGGCCAUUUUUAUUAGGUCAUUAUAAAUUUGGUAGUACAAUAGAAGAAAGAAAUGCUGUUGAUUCACGUUGCAAACAAGAAUAUGAAACAACAAUGUCUGAAUGGAUGGCUGUUGAAGCAAUAAUAAGACAAAAAGAUCGUGAAACAAUGGCGGCUAAUUUAGCAAAACUUUCCAGUGAAAGUACAUCUGGUGGAGAUGCACCGCCACCUACCCCUAUUAAUUCUAAAGUUCUUAGCCAAGAACUCAGUAAUGAUGUAAGCCAAUUGUGUUAAUGAAAAUAAUGAGUUUAUUAGUUUAUAACUUUAUUUUAAAAUUAUGAAAUUUAGGUAUUUGAAGAUAACGUUAAUUUUUCAUCCGAUGAAGAUAACCCUCCAGUUGUUGAUGAUACUCAAUUAGAAAACAAUGUUAAUUUAUGUGGCAAUAGUAUGUAAUGAUUUUAAAUUAAUUUUUAUCCAAAUAAAUAAGAAGUACGUAAUUUACUAAUUUUAGCCAACGAUCAACAAAACAUAGAAGAAAAUGUUGAACUUUCACCCAAAGGAGUUGAUUGUGAUAAAGUAAGUUAUUGUAGGACUAUUUUUACUUUUACUUUUAAUAUAAAAUAUUUUAUUGUACAAGAAAUAUGAAUGGAUCAGACGUAGGAUUUAUAUAUACUCCAUUUCUAUCCUUCUGAUCUCAUAUUGCAUAUAUCUUUUGAAAGGCCAUAAAAGUUCUUGUUUAGGUUCUAAAUGUUACUAAAAGUUUUAAUUUGGCAACAUGUUUAGUAAUUUUUUAUUCUAAUUCAAUUAGAUCUAUUCUUGAUUCAUGAUUCAACAGUUCAAGAAUAUUUUACUUGCAGUCCAAAUAAAUUCAGUUGAAUAGAUCCAUAAACAAUUCCUUAGCUAUGCAGGUCUCUAAUUUAAAAUUGACCAACAUUGACUCAUUAUUGCUAUAUCUGGUCAUGGGUACUUUAAAUCUUAUUUCACAUAAGAAAUGAUAUGUUAGACCUGAUCUUAACUUUUUAUUGAAUCUUAUUCAGAGAUAAUAGAUUCAUCCCAAUUUCUUGAAGAAUGUAUUGACCUAUGGGUUCCUCAGAUCCAUACCAAAUCCCAUGAGACAUUUUAUAUUCUGAAUUAUUGUUCAAAUGUUUAAUGAAUGAUCCCUUAAUCAAAUCUAUGCAAUCCUUUAAUGAUAAUAGUUUUGAUAUUUGGCUUUAAAUUAAAUUAAAUUAUAUUAUGCAUCUUGUUAAAUAGCUUUGUUACAUUGUUAUAACUAAAGACCAGAUUUAAUUGCAUUUAAAACACAAAAAUUGCAUAUUAAAAUUAAAUAAUUGCACCAAAAAAUACAUAAAAAAUGCAUAAUAAAUUGCACUAUAAAAAUGGAAAAGUUAUAUAAAAAAAAUUAGAUAAAUGUUACUUUUUUUAAUUAAAAUUGAUAAUUAGAUACAUUUUUAAAUUAUUUUCAUUAAAAUUAAAUCUUCUAUUACUUAAAAUAUGUUUGUACAAAUAAGAACUAUGUUAUACGUCCACACUAGUUAUUGGUGCAUAUUUAAAAUAAUUUAAUAAAGUAGGCGUUAUAUCUAAAUUAACAUUUGCUUUACCUGACAUAACUUCAUAGUAAGACUUUAAAGUUUUAUACCCUUCAUCUUUUUCAAUUACAUACAUACAUUUGUCUUUAAUAUUUUUCUCAUUUAGACCAGGAAUAUUUGUUAAAAUAUCUUCAAUUUUUCUAAAAUAUAUCCAUGCUUUUCAGUAAUUCACUAUUAGAUUCUUCCAAAUUUGUAAGAUUCAUGAAUAACUCGGAUAAGUGUAAUUUGCUUAACCACAUUUGACUAUAUUAUUUUGUACAAGCUAUUUCAGCUUUUCGACACUUGUAGCAUCAUCUAGUUAAUUUUCAAUUAUGUUUUUAAAUUUUUUUAAAUUAUUUGCAUAGAAAAGUGCAGCAUUUAACCAUGUUCCCCAUCUUGUAAUAAUAGGUUCAGCUGGUAAAGGUAUACCCAGAAUUUAUUUUCUGUAUUUAUUUAUUUUCGAUGAUGCCACCAUAUAUAUAUAUAGACACUUAUCGCUCGCUGGGCUCUCCAAGCUUCUAAAAAAUUCCGGACAAACAAUAAACGCUUAUGAUUUAAAAACAUGUGGAAAAUUGUAUAAAAUGUCAAAAAUUGAAAAAAAAAAUGAAUUAUAAAAUUUAAUAGACAGAAGAUUUUUAGUAUAUAUCGGCUAAAUAUUUUAUCAGAUCUAAUUUAUCUUUAUUGUAAAAAAAGUUGCAAUAUCAAUUAAAUCCAGUCUUUGUUAUAACAUAUCAUUUUUUAAAUGUUCAAUUAUUCUUUUGUAAAAGUUGAUUGGUGUUUAUACUAAUAAAUUAUUUUUUUAGAUGGGUAAUUUAAACUAUAAUAUAGAUACUGAAUUUAUUUAUUUAAAUUAUAUUUUAUUUACAGAUUGCACUUUUUGUUUUAGAAUUCCUUAUCGUCAGAUGAAGGAUUAGGUAAAGAUGAAGUUACCGAAAAAGAAAUCAUCAUUAAGAAAGUAGUUGAAAAUUCAUCACAAGGUAACUGAUAUGUUUUAUACUUUUUGUUACCUAUUUAUAUACAAAAUUUGCUGAUUAUAUAUCAUAAUAAUUUUUAUCCAAUUAUAUAUCGCAACCAAUUUUAAGAAUUUUGUUAUACAUAAUAUUCUAAUUAAAAAAACUCGUACUUAUACUAAAAUUAUUAUUUUUCUAAAAGUAUUCUUCAUGUUUAAUAAUUAAAAUUCACCUAUUUUAUUUGGCACUACUUUAUAAAAAAAAUAUUGUAUAGGUACUGAAAUAUAGGUACUUAACUAUUCAAUUGGUUGUAAGUGGAAAUUUGAUUAUUGUUUAUAUAUAAAUAAAUAUGGGGUCCGAUGUUAUGAUCUCCCAAAUUUCUGAUGUGAAUUCUAAAAAAAUAGUACCUAUAAUAUACAUAAACAAUUUUUUUUAUUUAUUUUAAAUACGUAUAAUAGUUUUUUUUUUUUUUUUUUGAUUAGGUUUUAUAAAGUAAAUCGUCCAAAUAUUUAGCGCUUGUGAAAAGCUUUCUGCGUUACAAUCAUAGAUUCACUGUGUUUAAAAAAAUUUCGAUUACAAGCUGUCAAGCUCUGAUGUUCACCUGACCUGCGAGGAUAGCAUGACAACAAUUAAAAACCUGACCGAUAUGACCAACCAAUUCCCACUAUCAUCUGGUGGUCUGGUGACGUUACAGUAAUUAUUUAAAAUGUGGGAGUUAAUUUCAUUACGUUGGACCCUGUACAAUAGGCAACAUAAACAUUUAGAUUAGGUAUUCUAUCUCCACUGUAGGUAAAAAUAUUUUUAGUGGUAUGAUAUAAAUUCUGAAAAAGACUUAUCAUAAUAAAAAUCUAAAAAUUAUAGUUUUAUUUUGGUGAACUUAAAGUAAAAUGAUGAAAUAAAAGAAAACUGGUUAAACUACAAAAUAGAUUGAUUUACAAAAAUUUAAAUCUGUUUAAUCCUUAAAAUGGUUGAAGUUAGAAGUAAAAUAUAACUCAAUUUUUCCGUUACAUAUAUAAUAGAUAAGAAAAGCAUAAUCAUAUUAAAUCACUAUAAAGGUUACCUAAUUACUAAUGUACCCUUAUUUAUUAUGAAAUGUUUUAGCUAUUUUUUAUAUACUGUAAAAAUUUGAAUUUAUUAUUUAUUGUUUAUAAUAUAAACUUUUAAUCAACCUCAUACACAAUAAUAGUAAAUAUAAAAUAAAUCAUAGAAGUUUAUUAUUAUUUUUUAUUUUUGUGAAUAUUUAAUGUUAAUUUCAUAUAAAACCCCAUGUUUUUAAAAGUACCUUUUACAUUUUAAAAUUAACUAUUAACAUUCUUUCACUCCCUUAGAUAUAUCACGAAUUUGUCCUACUUCGGUUAUUGUUACUGCUAAUAUAAGUCUAGAAAAAACAAUGGACAAUUGUAGUGAUAAAGACGACAACAAUUUUAAAAUAGGUAAGUAUUAAAAAAAAAAAGAGCUGUACAAAGGUCCGGUUGUUAGAUACUCAUUUAAUUUUUUUAGACCAGUACAAUGUACCUAACCUAACCUAAUAAUAGUUUCCACUGUUAUUAUUAUAUUAUAUAUAUAUAUAUAUAUAUAUUACUAUAUAUCUAAAGCUUAAUAUACUAUAGAGUUUAUGUUAUGUUAAGUCAGUAUAAUAUAAACUCUAAAUCAAUUAAAAUAAAAUAUUUUUCAAUUUUAUGAUAUAAAUUUAUCAAAUCUAUUUUAAUAUUUGUUAAAAUUAUUAGUUUAGUCUUCAAAAUAUUAAUAAGAGGUGAUAGUUGAAUUUGUUUACCUAAUAUUGGUAUUUUAAAUUUAUAUAAAUCUAUUAUUUUUCGUUUAUUUCAUCAACAAUACCUCGUAAUUGUACAAUAUAUUAUUUUUGAUAUGUAUCCAAUCGAUUUUCUAUGAUUAGAUAUAAUAUGUAGGCAUGUUCCCUAUGUAAAAAAUUAUUAUUUCUAUAUUCAUACUUUUUAGAAAACGAAGAUAAUAAAUCUUCUAAACUAGCAGUGGAUGACAAUGAAGGGAUGGGAGGGACUAACCACGAACAAAGAUCUGCUUGUAUAUCUCCAGCGAGUUCACAAGGAGGAAUUUAUCCAGUAAACAUUUAAAAAAUAUUAAUUUCUACUUAUCUAUAUUGAUUAUUGAAAUAUAACAUAUAUCUAUGUAGGUAGAAUUGGUAGAAAAUUUUGGACUAAAUGUACAUAGAAUUGAUAAAGAUGUUCAACGAUGUGAUAGAAAUUAUCCAUAUUUUACUCUUGAAAAUCUUGACAAACUAAGGAAUAUUAUAUGCACGUGAGUAUUUUAAUUUUUAAUGAAUAACUUGUUUUAUGAAUAACAAAAAUUGGCUUAACUAUUUUAUGUUUAGUUAUGUCUGGGAUCAUUUAGAAAUGGGAUACAUGCAAGGAAUGUGUGACCUUGUUGCUCCACUUUUAGUUAUUCUGGAUGACGAAACAUUAUCCUAUUCGUGUUUUUGUUUAUUGAUGGAAAGAAUGUCUGUAAAUUUUCCUCAUAGUGGUGGUGCUAUGGACACUCAUUUUGCUAACAUGAGGUGAUAUUAAAUUAUACUUUUUUCUGUUUUGUUAUAAACUUGAAUAAAUAUAAUUUAUAGAUCCUUGGUACAAAUAUUAGAUUCAGAAAUGUUUGAACUUAUGCAUGAAAAUGGAGACUUCACUCAUUUUUAUUUUUGUUAUCGAUGGUUUCUAUUGGAUUUCAAACGAGGUAACUUAACAUACAUAUUGAAAUAAUGAUUGUUAAUGAUUCUAAUAUAAAAUAUUUAGUUGUAAUAAAUAUAAUCUGAACAAAUGAGCAAUGAGAGAUAUUAUUAUUAUAUUUUUAUAUCAUGAUUAAAUAAAAUACUAUUAUUACCAAAAUGUUUCUGUUUUAUUAGGUAUAAUUUUGAAUAUAAUAAUAUGUAAAUCAAUGGUUUCUGGUGUUAAGCUCUUGUCUCACUUUUUCACCUUGGGACAGAAUUUAAGGAAAUUAUUUUUAAUUUGACCAUACAAUUAUGUAGGGGUUCUCUAUUUAAAAUAUAUUAGUUUUGUUUCAGUUGUUUUUUAGUAUUUUUUUUUUUUAUAAAUAUGUGUAUAAUCUACAGAAGGACUUUAUACUUAUAAAUAAAAAAAAGUUCUAUUUAUAGGUUUUUUCCAUGUGUAGUUUUACAAAUAUAAUAAACUUUUAAAAACAAAUGUUUAUAUUUUUUUAGAAUUAUUAUAUGAUGAUGUAUUUACGGUAUGGGAAACAAUAUGGGCUGCCAAAGAAAUGUCUUCUUCUCAUUUUGUAUUGUUCAUUGCACUUGCUCUUGUGGAAACAUACAGAGAUAUUAUUUUGGCCAACCAUAUGGAUUUUACAGAUAUAAUCAAGUUCUUUAAUGGUAAACUUAAAAUCAUCAAAUUUUAAUUAAGUUCUAUUUCAAAAUUAUUAUUUAGCGCUUAUGAUUCUUCUAUAAUAAUAUAUAUUUAUUUAUUCAUUAAUAUAAAUAGGAAUUAUAAAUAUUUUUUUUUGCAUACAUCAGAAAUGGCAGAACAUCAUGACGCUAAAACAGUUUUAUCAUUGGCAAGAAAUUUGGUGUUACAACUACAGACUUUAAUUGAAAAUAAAUAAAAUAGUAAUAUUAUUUUACUCCAUGACGUACAAUUAUGAUCUUUAAGUACAUUUUGUAUUAUUAUAUUAUAUUUAUUUCUAUUAAUUAUGUAUUAUUAUUUGAUUAGAGUAGUCUGGUCUAGAUAUUGCAGCUUGUAACUUAUGUUUCAAUGUCAAUGUGGUGACCAGUGGCACAUUAAAAUAUUUUUAAAAAAUAAUUCAUUCCAACUACAUAAAAUUAGCUGUUAAUUUUAUAAUAAACUAUAAUGUAUCAUAUACUAAAAAAAAAAAAAAUAUUAAGGUUUAGCUUGUGUUAUUUUUAAAAUAUGAUAUUAUAAACAAAAAUAAGAUAUAAUUAUGAAAACUAAUUUUAUGCAUUUUUUAUAUAAUACAUUAAAUUAUUUAAUUUAUUUUCUUGGUCUAACCACAUUUAUACAAAUUGUAUUACAGUCCUUGUUCUAUAUAAUUGUGUUAUAUAGUAAAAGCCAUUUUUAAUAUCUAUAAAUAAUAUUUGGUUAUGGAAUCCUAACAGCAUUAGUUGAAAACUAAAAAACUUUUCUUUAAUAUCCACUUAAUGUAAUUAUGUAUAUAGUUGUUACUUUUUUAGAUUCAGAGUGUAGCGAGUGAUCUAUUGGUUUUAUUAUGAUGUGCGUUUUUAUAUUUUUAUUUUACCAGAAAAAUUGCCCGAAAGUAUACACCAAGGGUGACCACUAACCUUAAUUUGGGAGCUGCAAAUUUAUAAAACUAAAUCGAGGCGAGCCACAUUAUAAAGCGAUGUUUAUAAAAUGAAGACACAUUUUUCAUUUUCAAUCAAAUGAAGGAAUAUUUAUUUUUACACUACACAAAACAUUAUUAUUAUUAAUAUUAUUGUUGUUUUACUUAUGAGAAGUGCUUUUUCGAGUAUUCAUUUUUUCUGUAAGUUUUGAAAUGUGGUUGAUAAUUUGUAAGCACAGUUCAUACAAGUCCACUUAAAUGUUCAUCAGUUAGUUCAGAUCGAUAUUUAGAUUUAAUGAAUUUAAUUGGCUGUUGUGCCAAUUUAUAAUAACAACUGUAAUGAUAACGAAACCCACGGCAAUAAAAACACUAACGAUUCUAACGAAAUUAUAUAUAUAUAUGUAUAAAUUUUAGUUUAAGUUUGGUUCAAAACCCGCAUGCGGAUCAUGAGCCUCGUUGUAGCCACUCCUGGUACAGGCCUUUUUGGAAAGUUAAUUUUCUCUAGUUGAUGCAUUGAAAACAGGUUAUUUUUUUAUUUUUCAAGAAGUUUUCGAAAUAAUUGGGAAAAACCGAAAGAAUACUACAGGUAAAACGCAUAUAUUUAUGGCGUGCUGCGAUGUUACCAUUUUCACUGUGUUAUACUUAAGUUUUCUACCAAAAAUAUUACUCCAAUCGAAAAAUGACAGAUCAAAUUUAUUCCUAACAUAUAGCCACUGACAUAAUAUCUUAUUUUUUGAUAUCUAAUGGAUUUUUCAUAGUAAUUAGGAAAAACCAAAAAGGACAAAAUGUACAAUUUUUUUAAAUUAUGGCACAAUGAUUUCAUUAUUUUAAAGUUAUAUAGUUUAUGUUUUCUACUAUAAAUAUUACUCCAAUAAAUAAACUAUAAGACUUUUAUGUUACAUUUUUAAUCUAAUUGGUAUCUAAGAAAGCAGUUUUAUUAUUUUCAAUAUUGUUUUUGUUUUUUUUUUUUUUGUAAUUCAGGUUUAAAUAUUCGUAGACUUAAAAUUGGUACAAAAAAUGUAUACUUAGUUUUUAUAUACGAGGUAUUUCAUUUAUUUUUGAGUUAUUUAUAGAUAUUUUAAUUUUGCAAGUUUUUUUAUGUAUUAUUAAUUUGGUAGUUACUAUGUAGAUAAAUUGUGACUUAACAGAAAUUCUUGAAAAUUUAAUAGGUUCAAUAUAUGUCGUAUUAAGUAGAAAAAAAAAUUAGUUUGAUGUAGUAUCACGGCCUUUCAAAAUAUGUAUAACCGAACUUCACUUCGAAUUGUUUUUCGUUUAUUGUUGGUUACAGGUAUAAAUUAAAUAACUAUGUACCCCACUUUCUUCAAUACUCACCUACAACAGUGGUCUCACCUGUCCCCAGAUCAGUUAUUUUGUUUAUUUAACUGCUUCUAGAGGGGGAAUUGCUUUUACAUUGUUUCCUCUAGGUAUAGUUAUUACUUUCUACUUAGCUAGUACCUACAUUAAAUAUAUUUAUUUUUUAAUAUUACUAUUUAAAAAAUAUAAAAUUAACGAUCUUAAAUUAUGUUUACUUUUACAUGACUCUUUAAAAUUGAUUUUAAAAAGUAAAUUGUGAAAAGUACAUACUCACUUGGAAAUUUUUAUAGAAUGCAAUUGUUUUUAAUAUUUUAACUAACUUUUAAUAGAGGUAGGUACUACAAUUAUCAAUGUACAAUGUACCUUUGUACUAUAAAUUAAUAUUUUCGGUUUAAAAUUAAUAAUAUUUAUUUUAAUAUUUUUCAAUAUAAAAAAAAUGUAUUUUUAUUUGCCUAAGAGUAUAAUUUUAUUCUAUAUUAUACCUAUUUUAAAAUUA